AUGAAGAAUUCUAUGGUUGGUGUAGUUGGAAUUGCUGGUAUUGGCAAGACUACAUUAGUAAAUGCUUUCAAAGAAUAUUAUCAAGAAAAAAUACUAAAAAAAAAAAAUUCCUUAUUGGAGCCCACUUAUAAAGACCUUAAUGGUGAAGAAAAGACCAUGUUUUUAGAUAUAGCAUGUUUUCAUUCUAUCUAUGCUAGUUUUGAGGGCAUAAAAAAUUUAAAGAAGUUAUGGCUUGAUGGAUGUGAGAGCUUAGAAGACAUGCCAUUGGAUUUGAAGACAUUAUCAUCAUUGGAGCUUUUAAACCUUCAACAUUGCAAAAAAAUGAAAUUGCAAGAACUUGAAAGCUAUCCAUGCUAG